AGCCAACCAGCCAUGGAUCCGGCCAUUAUUGAGUUUAUUGGGGAAAAGUGCAUGAUAAGCAUAAUUCCCAACUUCUCCAACGAGCCGCUGCACCUUAUCUAUGGCUCGGUGGGCCCGUUCCGAGCCGGCUUCCCUGUGUUCGUACCCCUGUGGAUGGCAACGCAUUUAAGAAAACAACAAAAGUGCCGCAUAGUGCCGCCCGAAUGGAUGGACAUGGACAUACUCGAGGAGAUCAAAGAAGAAGAGAAACGCUCCAAAUUCUUUACCAAAAUGCCGUCCGAGCAUUACAUGGUUGUGGCCCAAUUGGUCAUGAGCACCGCACCGGAUGAUGUGCCUCGCUGUGAGGAGCUACGCACUGUCAUCAAGGAUAUAUUUGACAUUCGCGAGUCGAAGCUGCGCACCUCCAUCGAUGCCUUCAUCAAGGGCGAAGGCACAUACGCCAAGCUGGAUAACCUGACGCUCCUGGAAAUACACAGCGUGCGUCCCAUUCUGCCCUACUCCCUCGAUCACAUAGCGCGCUACCAGCGAACGGCCACAGCCUCCCAGCGUGAUACUUCUAUGCUGAGCGCUUCGAUGGCUGGUUCGAGUACGGGACCAGGAAGCAAUUCGCUCUUUUCGCAGUGAUAGAAGUCAUGGUUUACUCAUAUUCAUAAAUUAAACUAAUCAACCAUAAGUAGAUGUCAAUUAAAAAAGAGAUUGAGCUAAAUA